AUGGUCGCCGUAAGGAUGAUCGCUCACGGCGCGAACGCUCACGUGAGCGCGGGCGGUCGUUGGAGAGGUCACCGCGGAGGCCUGAGCGCUCGCCGCGGAGGCCGGCCUUUCGCGCAGAUCUGGUCCCUCUCGCGCCAGAUCGCCGAGGAGAAGGUGCAGAGCGAGAAGGAAGAGGCGGAUUCGAGUCCGUCAGGAUGGGAAGUGACCCGUGGCGGACGGAUGCACGACACGGAGCUGGUGGCGAUCAUGGGCAUCGCCAGGACACGGGAGCGUAUCGCUCGCCGGAAGAGGGUUACCGCCGUCGCGAAGAUCGGAGUCGCGGGCGUGGCCUGGAGGAAUUUUUCUCUGCAUCGUGACGAGAAACGCGGAGGCGAGGGGCGCGUGUCCGAUCUGCGGCAGCACCGUGACGUGGGGCGCGGCGACGGCGCGCUCGCAUCAGGCCAGCGACAGCAUCGCGAUGGGGGGCACGCUGGCGGCGCGUGCUCGCCAGAUCCGCGGCCGCAGCGUGACGAGAGGCGCGAAGGCGGCUACCGCUCGCCAGAUCCGCGGCCGCUGCGUGACGAGAGGCGCGAAGGCGGCUACCGCUCGCCUGAUCCGCGGCCGCUGCAUGAGGAGAGGCGCGGAAGCAGUUACCGCUCGCCAGAUCCGCGACAGCGCCGUGACGGAGAACGCGGAGGCAGUGCGCACUUGCCAGAUCCGGCGGGAGGAGCAAGGGGGGCUCGCGCUCACCAGAUCCGCAUCACCAUCGUGAUGGGAGACGCGAAGGUGGUUAUCGCUCGCCUGACACGCGACGGUACCAUGGAGGGAGGUGGGGAGGUGAGGCGUGCUUGCCAGAUUGGCGUCAACGACACGAGGAAAGCCAGGGAGGCAGAUACCGCUCGCCGUCGCGGCAGCGGAGCAGGGAUGGAAGGCAGGGCGCUGGGUCUCGCUCGCCUGGGCGGUAUCGGCAGCGUGACGAAAGACGUGCCGGUGAAGGAGGACAGGAUCAACGCGGCAGCAGAGUGGGAGGCAGCGGGCUGA